CAAGUGCGUCCUCUGUACUCUCCGCUCCUUGCGCUUCCUUGGCUGCAGCUUACAACUAAACAACUGGUUACGAUGUCGGCAAAUCCUGCUGUCAUCAAGGAGGAGAUGGAAAUAUCCAUGGCUGAAGAGCCAGCUCCUGGAAGCUGUAUGCCAACACAACUGGGAGCUGGAAUGACAGAGCAUGGAUCCUGGCCCCCGAGUGCCCCUCAGCGGCGUCAGAAGCUGGAAGCAAAGGUUGCUGGCUUUGCUGCAGGCCAACCAGUUUGGAACAUAAGAGCUGUCCGGCCCAGGAAAGUGUCGCCAGUUCCCAGAAUGCCGCGAGAAAAAGGCUUUGGUGAUGCCCAUUCCCAGCACUAUCCUGGCAGCUUCCAAUGCAUGAGGUCCCGUCGUGAGCGCAACAUGGAGGUGGAUAGGUUUGUAGAGAUUAACAUGGAAGGGCCGAAUGCAGUGGAGAUGGAAGUCAUGAGGAAGGAGCUGUGCACGGUCACCCAGCGUGUGAAGGCCCUGGAGGAGCAGAGCACUGCCUGGCACCACAGGGAAGUUCUGCUCUUCACCAUGCUGGUGUCGGCCUGCAUCGCCAACCUGUGGCUGUGGCUGAGCCAGUGAGGUUUCAAUGCUGUGCCCCGAGCCCUCUCCCCCGCCACUCCUCCCCUUCUUCCCCUGAGCCGCCCUCGCCCGUCCUCCUUCUGGUCCCAGCAGCACCCUGCACUGUCAGGGCCAUUUUCUGGCCUGGGGGAGGCCCUUGCUGCUGGGAGGUAGAGAAUGCAUGGUGCUCUGAAUGGGCUGAGGGAGCCCCUUUGGAGGGCAAGCAGGGUAGCAUCUGGUCCCUAUGGUAAAACCAGCGGCAGGCUCCACAGUGACCAUCUCAGAGCAGGGCUUUGCCACUGUCCUGUAGCACCCCUUCUGUUCUAUCUUCUGUGGCGGGGGCUUGGCUGUCUUCCC